GGCCUGCGGAAGUUGCUGCCGGAAGUUAGGUGUUGCAGCUUGCACGUGAAUCUGGCAGUGGCGGGGUCUUCUUCUUUGCUGGGCGCCUGCUUUGCCACUCUGGUCUGGUGGCGGGGAAGCGCUGCUGCUGCUGGACGCCCGCCGCCGCAUCUAGAUGCAUCUGCAUCUAGCCGCUGGAUGCAGAAGAAGAUCCACAUGUCUGAAGCUUGGAGUCUGAACUUCCUUUGACCACUGGGUUUCAUCUUUGAACAUUCAGAGUGCUCUCUUUUCUCCGGGAUGUUUGGUUCCUCCCGAGGUGGUGUGCGGGGCGGGCAGGACCAGUUCAACUGGGAAGAUGUGAAGACGGAUAAGCAAAGGGAGAACUACCUGGGGAACUCUUUGAUGGCACCAGUAGGCCGUUGGCAGAAGGGCAAAGAUCUCACGUGGUAUGCCAAGCAGAAGAAAGGAGACGCACCUCUCUCCCGGGAGGACGAGCUGGCUGCUGUCCGGCGGGCUGAACAGGAAGCAAUGAUGGCAGCCUUGGGUUACAAGAAUGUGAAGAAGCAGCCGACAGGACUCAGCAAAGAGGAUCUUGCCGAGGUCUGCAAACGCGAUGGAGCAGAACAUGACGAGAAGAACGUGGACCGAGUGCUGGGUUUGGGGAGUUCGAGAAGUGGUGGUGGGAGCAGGGUGAUGUUUUCCAAAGAAGACAAAGAGGCUGCCAAACUGGGCCUUUCAGUCUUUACGCAUCAUCGAGUGGCAAACAGUCCAGAGGUUUCAGCUGCUAAAAGACAACCGGACAAGGAAAUGGAAGCGGAAGCAAUGCCGCCAGAGGUCAGCAAGAAAUCCAAAAAGAAGGAGAAGAAGAAGAAAAAGCACAAGAAGGAAAAGAAAAAGGAGAAAGAGAAGCACCCGAAGAAGAGAACUGCCUCCUCUUCCACCUCAUCUUCUCCGGAUGACAGAGAAAGGAAAAGGAGACCCCUCUCCCCUCCCGAGCGCCCUUCCUCCUCCUCCCAGCGGCCUGGAGCCAGCCAUCGUGACAGCCUCUCAUCACCACCCCGAGAGGGACAGAAAGCCCCCAGCAGGCGGUGCCACAGUCCGGCCUCUUCCAGCAGCCUCAAGGAAAGGACCCACUCUGGCCGGCCAGCGGCCAAAACCUCUUCUCCCAAGCCCCGAAGGAGGGGCCGGCGCAGUGGUAGUAGCCGCAGCCGGUCCCCGUCUCCCAGAGGCAAGGGCGCGGGGGGCCAGAGAAGGAGAAGAAGCCGGUCCCCUGCAGCCCACAGGACCAAGAAGAGGCACGACACAGACUCGGAUGACUGAACCAGCCUUGGAACUGAGGAAGCCUUUCUUCAAAACAGACCCUCUCUUGGUGGUUCCUUGGAUCUGUUUCUUGGCUGAUGCACAUUUCUAUGGGGUCAUUCACACAAUCAGGAACUGUGUUCUACCUUGGUUUGGGAGCUCUGUGUACUCCCAGUUUUCGGUUGUGUGGAAGCAAGGUCGGAGGAGAACCUGGGUAGCUUUUCCUCCUACCUGGCAUCCACACCAUCACUGCAGCCCAGGUUUUCCUCUCACCUGGCUUCCACACAACCGAAAAUUGGGAGCGCACACAGUUCCCAGACACAGUUUUUGAUUAUGUGAAUGGCCUCUGUGUUUGGGAGAGGGGUUUAGGGUUUUGUGGGGUGGGGGGUUGUGCAGGAGGGGGACAGAAUACAGCUUUUAUCUGCCUCUGCCAGUUUGCUCUAAUGUCAGGGAGGAGCAUGGCAGAAAAAAACCACCCUCAUUGACUUUAAAUAUGUAAUAUGUAUCCCUUAGUGCCAUAUGGUGUGUGAGUGAGAGAGGAUCGAUCGAUCACUCGAUCAGAGUCAUGAUAGCUACAUUUACCCCUUAAAAACCAGAAAUGCAUCCACUUAUUUAUGUUCUUUCUGUUAUUGCUUACCAAGUUUAUAUUGCAUUAACCAAUAUGAAUAUUAAUUAAAACCACCACCAAUACA